AUGGCAUCCAAAUCAGUUGAAAAGAGCAUCUCCGCCUAUGGCGAGGCUCGUUCAACCGUGGAAGGGAAGCCUCUCGACGCCGAGACAGUUCGGAAGAUGAGCGCCUACUUUCGUGCCAGCAUGUACCUAUGUUUGGGCAUGCUCUACCUUGUCGAAAACCCACUCCUCGCAGAACCACUCAAGUUGGAGCAUCUUAAAGCUCGACUGUUAGGUCAUUGGGGCUCCGACUCCGGGCAGGCUUUCACCUGGAUACACAUGAACCGUCUCAUCAAGAAGUACGACCUCGAUAUUCUGUUUGUUUCCGGCCCCGGACAUGGCGCCCCUGGAAUCAUAUCACAAUCUUACCUUGAGGGUGUCUACUCGGAAGUCUACCCGGAUAAAUCCGAGGAUACGGAGGGUAUGAGGAAGUUCUUCAAACAAUUCUCCUUCCCUGGUGGCAUUGGAAGUCACGCAACCCCCGAGACACCUGGCAGUAUCCACGAGGGAGGUGAGCUGGGAUAUUCAAUCUCGCAUGCCUUUGGCUCGGUCUUCGACAAUCCCAAUCUCAUCACUUUGACCAUGGUUGGAGACGGUGAAUCCGAGACCGGCCCGCUUGCAACCAGCUGGCACAGCACGAAGUUCCUGAAUCCGAUCACCGACGGAGCAGUCCUGCCCGUUCUUCAUCUCAAUGGAUACAAGAUCAAUAACCCAACGGUGCUCGCACGAAUCAGCCAUGAAGAGAUUUCAUCUUUGCUCGUUGGAUAUGGAUGGAAACCAUACUUUGUAGAGGGAAGUGACUUCGACAGUAUGCAUCAAGCCAUGGCGGCUACACUCGAGCAAUGUGUCACAGAGAUCAGGGAAUACCAGAAGAAAGCUCGAGAGACAAAGACCCCAUUCCGGCCUCGCUGGCCAAUGAUCGUUCUUCGCACACCCAAGGGAUGGUCGGCUCCACGGGAGGUUGAUGACCAUUUUCUCGAGGGAUUUUGGCGCGCGCACCAGAUUCCCCUCACUGAUGUCCGCACCAACCCAGCUCAUCUUAAAUUGUUGGAAACAUGGAUGAGGGGCUACAAACCAGAAGAGCUCUUUGACAAGAAUGGCAGAUUGAUUCAGGAACUGAAGGAACUCGCGCCCACAGGUUACUCGCGGAUGAGUGCCAACCCCGUUGGCAACGGAGGUCUUCUACGCAAGCCACUCAAUAUGCCUGAUUUCCGAAAGUAUGGAUUCACUGAUAUUAAUCCCGGCUUGACAUCCAAGGGAGGCAUGGUCAACAUGGCCAAAUUCCUUCGUGAUAUUAUCGCUCAGAACAUGCAAAACUUCCGGCUCUUUGGGCCCGAUGAAACUGAGUCUAACAAGCUUUCUGAGGUGUACAAAGCAGGCAAGAAAGUCUGGAUGGGAGAGUAUUUUGAAGAAGAUAAAGACGGAGGAAAUCUGGCCCCCGAUGGCCGCGUGAUGGAGAUGCUCAGUGAACAUACCUGUGAAGGGUGGCUAGAAGGCUACAUUCUUUCUGGGCGGCACGGACUGCUCAAUAGCUAUGAGCCUUUUAUCCACGUCAUUGAUUCCAUGGUGAACCAGCAUUGCAAGUGGAUCGAGAAGUGCCUCGAGAUAGAGUGGAGAGCCCGAGUCGCGUCUCUCAACAUCCUCAUUACCGCUACUGUGUGGAGACAAGACCACAAUGGCUUCACCCACCAGGACCCCGGAUUCCUUGAUGUGGUGGCUAACAAAAGCCCCGAGGUGGUUCGCAUCUAUCUCCCGCCAGACGGCAACACUCUCCUAUCGGUGAUGGACCACUGUCUCCGCAGUGUCAACUACGUGAAUGUCAUCGUCGCCGAUAAACAAGAGCACAUCCAGUUCCUAAACAUGGAUGCAGCUGUACAGCACUGUACCAAGGGUCUCGGAAUCUGGGACUGGGCAAGCAACGACCAAGGCGCAGAGCCAGAUGUCGUGAUGGCAUCCUGUGGUGAUGUUUCAACGCACGAAGCCCUAGCCGCGACCGCACUACUACGCGAACAUCUCCCACAGCUUAAAGUCCGUUUUGUUAAUGUGGUGGAUCUAUUCCGACUGAUUUCAGCCGUUCACCAUCCCCAUGGAAUGCCCGACAAGAAGUGGAAGUCCAUUUUCACCACCGACAAGCCCAUCAUAUUUAACUUCCAUUCCUACCCCUGGCUCAUCCACCGACUCACGUACAAGCGACCCGGCCAGCAUAACUUGCAUGUGAGAGGGUACAAAGAGAAGGGCAACAUUGACACGCCAUUUGAGCUAGCUUUGCGCAAUGAGACCGAUCGAUACAGUCUCGCCAUAGCUGCCAUUGAUUUGGUUCAAUCUCUUGGGAACACGGCAUCUGGCGUGAGAGAGACACUGAUCAAUGAGCAGCUUGCGGGAAAAUCUGAGGCUUUCGAUAAUGGGAUUGAUCCUGAACAUAUUCGGAACUGGAAAUGGCCUUUCUCGAAAGAGUAG